AGAAACUGGUCAAAAUGCUGGCCAAGAAGUAUGAUGCCUUUUUGGCCUCUGAAUCCCUGAUCAAGCAGAUCCCAAGAAUCCUAGGUCCAGGGUUGAAUAAGGCUGGCAAGUUCCCUUCUCUGCUGACCCACAAUGAGAACAUGGUGGCAAAAGUAGACGAGGUGAAGUCCACCAUCAAAUUCCAGAUGAAAAAGGUCCUGUGUCUGGCAGUGGCUGUUGGCCAUGUGAAGAUGACAGAUGAAGAACUUGUUUACAACAUCCACCUGGCUGUCAACUUUCUGGUUUCAUUGCUAAAGAAGAAUUGGCAGAAUGUUCGGGCUUUGUAUAUCAAGAGCACCAUGGGCAAGCCCCAGUGUCUGUCCUAA